AUGCAUCAGUCGGGCGGGGCGGUGGAGUGCGUUCCCGGCCUGGGCCAGCUCACCGAGGAUGAGCUGCUGGCGAUGCUGGACCAUGAUCAGAGCUUCGAGAUGGAUGACGACGAUGGAGACGACCUCGAGGUAGAGCGGCAUGCCUUCCUCGAUGAAUUCGACGAACCGGUUCCCGUUCCAUCUACAUCCACAUCCACAUCCUCCAGUGCCCCGGCACCAAGUUCCGCCAACCCGUUGGCCGCCCGGCUGGGUCUUUCAACUGGCGACAAGGCCGGCAUGCAGUCCGUGGACAAGGAAAAGGCCAACAAGAUCAUCUACGACAUGUCCAAGGGUUCGAAAUUCUUUAAGAACGAACAGAUGAAGUCGGAGCGGGUCGAGAAGGAGGUGCAGCAGAUGCUCCACAAGCUGAAGGAGGUGGAGCAUCAAGACGACACGCUGCUCCUCAAGUCGAUCGACGCCAAGCUGGCCACCCUGGAGAGUUCCCGCGACCUCUCCCAGAUCUUCUUUCACAUCGACAUGGAUGCCUUCUACGCAAGUGUCGAGAUCAGAGACAAUCCGCACCUGCGCGGCCUCCCCAUUGCCGUGGGCGGUAACUCGAUGCUGACCACGGCCUCCUACGAGGCGCGCAAGUUUGGCGUUCGGUCGGCCAUGCCGGGCUUCAUCGCCAAGCAGCUCUGCCCCGAGCUCAUCAUCGUGCCCGUUCACUUUGACAAAUACCGGGAGGCGAGCAAGCUGACGCAGGAGGUGUUCGCCAUGUUCGACCCGCACUUUCGGGCCUACUCGCUCGACGAGGCGUCGCUCCAUCUGAGUCCCUACCUCGCCAAGCACCCGGACGAGUCGGCCGAGCAGGUGGCCGAGCGGCUGGCCAAGAUUUGCUGCGACGUCAACAAGCCCGACGGCCAAUUUCGAUUGCAGGCGGAUCGCGAGGCCAUCAUCGCCUUCCUCAAGGAUUUGCCCGUGCGCAAGAUCUCUGGCGUCGGCAAGGUGACGGAACAGAUGCUGAAGGGGCUGGGCAUUACCAAGUGCUGCGAGAUUCAGGAGAAGCGCGCCAUUCUCUUCCGUCUGUUCAAGCCCUCCUCGGCCGAGUUUUUCCUUCGCGCCUCGCUCGGUAUCUGGUCUCCCACCUCUGGCGAGGACUCCAGUCCGGCACGCAAGAGCGUAUCAAAGAUGCGCACCUUCCGGCCGUCGGGCUCGCAAGCCUUCCUCAUGUCGCAGGCACGAGAGGUGGCCGAGUCUCUGGCCAAAUCGAUGGCCAAGAAGAGCCUGGCUGGGAAGAACCUCGCUAUCUACCUCAAGACUGACGAGUUCAAGAUGUUCACCCGCUCGACCAUGCUCAACCGGUUUCCACUUCCGACCCAGCCACACACUCAAACGCCAAGCGGCCUGACCUGA